AUGAGCUGCCUCCGCCGCCACUCCCGCCCCCGCUCGCCGGCGGUGAAGACGCCGCUGGAAGACGACGACCUCCUCUCCGAGAUCCUGCUCCGCCUCCCGCCGCAGCCCUCCUCCCUCCCGCGCGCGUCCCUUGUCUGCAAGCGCUGGCGCAGCCUGGCCUCCGACCGCGGCUUCUUCCGCCGCUUCCGCCGCCACCACCGCCGCAACCCUCCACUCCUCGGGAUCUUCAACAGGGACGCCAACCUCUCCUUCAUACCUACCCUCGAGGCCCCGAAUCGUGUUCCGCCUGGCCGCUUCUCCCUGCAGCCCGGCGACGGCAGCCGGUUCCUGUCCCUUGGAUGCCGCCAUGGCCUUGUGCUCACCAUCGACGUGAAGCCGAAGCAGAUGCUGGUGUGGGAUCCCGUCACCGGCGACCAGCACCGCCUCGACAUUCCCCCGGGGCUUGCCACACACGCGGAGAAGAUGACGAUCAACGGGGCGGUGCUUCGCGUCGGCGGAGUCGCCCACUUCCAGGUGGUCUUGGCAGUGAAUGGAAACGACGACAAGCAGCACGAACAAGUACUUGCCCGCGUGUACUCGUCGGCGACCGGCUUAUGGGGUGAUCUCAUCUCAACGCGGCUUCCAUCCGAGGUCCCUAGAAGUGGUUGUCCCACCCUGGUUUUUACGGGCAAGACCGCUGUGAUGGCUGGGGGUUCCCUUUACUGGAUUCUUGCUGGGAAUUUUGCUGGAAUUCUUGAGUUUGAUCUGGAGAAACAGAGCCUAGGUGUGAUACAGGUGCCAGUGCAUAUGCUUGAAGAAGGCGAUUACCAAUUCUCGAUUAUGCGGGCAGAGGGUGGUGGCCUUGGUUUACUCUUCCAGACAGACCUCAGUUUUCAACUAUGGAAGAGGAAGACUGAUUGUGAUGGCGUUGAUUCAUGGGCGCUUGGAAGAACUAUUGAACUGGACAAGCUACUUUGCCUGGAUUUAUGGAGCGGCGUAAUGAUACUAGGGUUCGCUGAGAACAAUAACGUGGUGUUCUUCUGGACAAGUGGCAACCUCUUUAUGGUCCAUCUUGAGUCAUUGCAGUUCAAGAAGCUUUUUGAAACCACCAUCCUUCCUCAUUAUCAUCCAUUCGAAACUGUCUACACCGCAGACGUUGGCGUUGGACAUGAUGGAGUUGAUCCUUUUCACAAUACAUAAGAUGAUUAUCUGGUUAGAUAGCAAGCUUAUCAUCUUCUGCAUAUGUCCAUGGAUCUAAACUUUCUUUAGAAGUAUCUAGGAUUACAUUCUGGUGGCUGAGCUGCAGAAACGUGGUGUGUGCCAUAGGCUCUUCUAUUUUGCAUACACCGCUCCAUCCCAACCUACAGCCUUUUACCUAAUCUCUGUAGACAUUAGUCAACCUUCAUGAAAGACAGAGUGGUUGCUUGGAUUAAUGAUUAGUGUG